GAUGUCAUUGUGGACAUCCCAUAAUACUAUUGAGCAAGCCGUAAGCCUCAGUAGCUGGAAAUAGUGUUGCUGUCAAGGUAACGCGUUCAAGUGUAUUACAUUUACCUCUUCAGUUGUGAAAGACUGUGAAGUCCAAAAGGGAAGUUGCGCGUUUUUUUUCCCUGUGAUUUGAAUUGAAGGCAUGGAAGACGAGCCGCCCUCCAGAAAGGCGGAGGAGGGUAGUUCAUCUAAGCGGUCACAGAGGCAGGAGGAACGGCAGGGGAAACUUCCAAGGAGACGCAAAGAAGUGAAGAGGUCUCUUCGGAGGCCAGACUGUCCAGAACACCUGUCGGGGGGAAGCGUACAUUGGUUGCCUGAGCAUCCCGGAUCAGAAGCUUCUGCAUCAGUGGAGGACACUGCUGAGAGUUGCCUAAAAAGAUGGGAUAGAUGCAGACGAGGGCACUUUCUACAUGGACCAUAUCCUGCUACUCACUUUGGACCCAAAGCUUGUGUUCUUCCCAACCCAACCUCAGUCAUGCACAUUCAGGAUCCAGCCAGCCAGCGGCUUACCUGGAGCAAACCACCGCUCAAUGUCCUGGUCAUCAGAAAGAUCCGAGAUGAGACCCUUCUGGAGCCGUUCAGAGAGCUUUGCAGGUUCCUCGUGGAGGAGAAACAUCUGAUGGUUUAUGUGGAGAAGAAAGUUGUGGACGAUGGCUCUCUCAUGAGGGAUGACUCAUUUUCAGCCAUUCGCAAUCAGCUGUGCACAUUCAGGGAAGGGUUUGAUGACAUCUCGGACUGCAUCGAUCUGAUUAUUUGUUUGGGUGGAGAUGGGACUCUUCUGUAUGCAUCAUCUCUUUUCCAGGGCAGUGUUCCCCCGGUCAUGGCCUUCCAUCUGGGCUCCUUAGGAUUUCUCACACCAUUCAAGUUUGAGUCUUUUAGAACAGAGGUGGAUAAAGUGUUUGAAGGUAAUGCUGCCAUCAUCCUGCGCAGUCGUCUAAAGGUUAAGGUGGUGAAAGGCACGUUCCAGAAGAACGAGCAGCUUCUCAGUGCUCAGGAGAACGGAAUAUUGCCUCAUAACCACAUAAACAAUGAGGCAGGCAAAAUCACACUACAGUUACAGGUGCUAAAUGAGGUGGUGGUGGACAGAGGGCCUUCAUCCUACCUGUCUAACGUCGACCUUUACUUGGAUGGACGCCUCAUCACAUCUGUACAGGGAGAUGGUGUAAUAGUUUCCACCCCCACGGGCAGCACAGCCUAUGCUGCCGCAGCGGGAGCUUCCAUGAUCCACCCUAAUGUCCCUGCCAUCAUGGUCACCCCCAUCUGCCCUCACUCCCUCUCUUUUAGACCCAUCGUGGUGCCCGCAGGAGUGGAGCUCAUGAUAACGCUGUCGCCUGAUGCUCGCAACACAGCCUGGGUCUCGUUUGAUGGCAGAAAGAGGCAGGAAAUCCAGCAUGGGGACAGGUGACACUCUUUUUACACAAUCCCAUAAGCAAACAGUUUUGACCUCUCCCAUAAUCCAGUGCUACAACAAUAGCUGUAUUA